AUGGGGAAAAUGAUGCGCCACGUGGUGUGUUUACUGGUUCUCAUGUUGUGCUGCGCCUAUGGGUGUGUGUCUGCUCCAGCUGCCACUCAACCUUCCACUAAGGAUCACGCUGGCCGUCAAAAACCCUUUCAAGACCUUGUUGUGCCUGGUACUGGGGUCAGUGUUCCUGGUGCUAAGCUCUCUGAACCACGUGGGUCUCACACUGUUGGGGAUAAUGCUUUGAAGAAUUGUCCUGGCAAAGUGGAUAAGAAUGGUGCUUGUGUUCCCGGUGCUGAUGCUACUACGAUGGGUCCGGGUAGUGAUGUUGCUUCUGGUGUUCCCACUGCAACAUCGAUGUAUCCUGGCGUUAUUGACUCUCAUGGUGGAGCUCUUAAGGACAAACGUGAUGCUGUUCUUGUGCUUAAGACCGAUGAAAAAGUUCAACUGCCUGAAAGUGGUGUUUCCCCAUCCGGUGUGACCGACACUAGUAAAGCAUCUCUUCUGUCACGUCCCGUUACUGUUGGUAAUCGUAAUCAUACCCCAGUUGGUCCUGAUGCUGCUGCUGUUCCUGGAUAUCCCAAUGGUGUUCCUCCUACAAUUAAUGAUGUUCCCGUUUCUCAGGGAGAACAAGCAGGUGUGCCUGGUGCUACUUAUCCGCGUGCGAAACAUGACGAUCGUGUUACUGUUCAUCCUGCGACGCCUGUUUCGAAUACUGCAGAUGGUCAACCGAAAUUUCCCGGUGUAGAUCCAAAAGUUGCACCUGCUGAUCCCGUUACCGAUUAUCCCGGUGUGAAUCAAACUCUCCUCCAUGUUGGAGGUGCUCCUACUGUCGCUAUUAAUCGUGGUUCUGGCCCUAUUCCACCUCCUCCACCUGAGGUUUCCCCGAGUGGUAGAGAAGCGUCAACAACCACUCAGCGUGAACAGAACGGCACUCCUGCUGCAGAAAGUGAGUCAACAAGUACCCAAGAAGAAGGUGAUGCAGAAAAUACAGAAUCAACCACAACAAACUCCACAACUUCUCCUGAGACUUCAGACAGCAGCAUCAUCAGUUCUGUGUGGGUGCGUGUACCACUACUGAUUGUGGUUACAUUGGCCUGUAUUCUUGUAUGCUGA